GUCUUGUUCAGUUGGUUCGUUCAUAGCAUGACUAUGUCAUCCGUGGUUUGCUUGGAUGUGUACAGAUAUCGUAGAGUAAUUAUUCCUCCAAGUGCGUUUUGAUUUUGGUCACCCCACACAAUUUUCCAGGAAUGGUUGUCAUCAUUGCACCAACUUUGUCGGAUCGAAACGUCGUGUCCAUCCAACUGCUCAUAAGUUCGCCUAUCCAGCGCCAUUCGGUGAUUUCAUGUUUUAGAAAGUGCGGCAAAAUUUACUCCUAGAUGUACUGCGCCUCCGCAGCGUUAUUCCGUGGAGUGUUCCGCGACAUUCAAUGUAGACGGAAAUGCAGAAAUUCCUCUUCCAUCGACUGCAUGUAUAAUUACGAAUUUUUGAACGCAGAACAUGAAGAAGAAAACAUGGAGCCAAAGCGAAAAAAGGGAAAAACGACGAAACCAAUAGUGGUUGACUCUGCUACUUUAAACAAAAUGCGGCUUACGUAUGAGAGCAUCAGACAAAAAAAUGAUUCAGAACUGCAGCCGAGCAAAAUCCCACUGAGCGCUUCCGUAAAGCUGAAACCUUCCUGCGUCGCAUCGGAUUCCCGUGUGAAGACAGAACAAAUGACCACCAGCUCUUCACUUGACCAAACACUACAAACCACAACAAACACCUCGAUCGCCGCCGGAAUAUACGAACCUUUGGCUGGUUUUUCGGCUAGAGUGGAUAAUUGCGUAGAACAACUUUUAAGGACGAAUACUUCGACUGCCCAACCUGUGUCCAGUUUUUCGGAGCUACAUCCAAGCAAAAUUCCUCUGGGUGUUUCCGUAAAACUGAAACCUUACUCUGCUACAUCUAAUCGUCGCGUGGAGACAGAAAAAUCAAACGCCAGAUCUUCAGUUGAUAAAGCAAAAUCACUUGUAAAAACGACAAAUAACUCGAUCACCGCCAGCUUAUACGAACUCAAAGCCGGGGUUUUGGAUGAUAUUGGUGAUCGCGAAGAAAAAUGUUUAUGGACGGAUAGUUCGACCAGCGAACCUGAGGCCAGUUUUUCGGUGUGUUCGGCGGUUAAGAUUACGAGCCUUAAAGUGCCCUCCACAUAUCUACUGGACAAAAAUUCAAAGAAUCCCGACCCGCUGAUAUUGGACUGUGAGUACGACGUGGACGAAAACGAGAAAGGGUUCGUGCUGAAAUGGUUCCUAGACGGGCAGCCAGUGUACCAGUGGAUACCGACAAAAAAUCCUUUUCCAUUUCAAUCCUUCAAAAACCGCGUGGACACCAGCUAUGUCGUCUCCCAGGAGCGGCUACACAAACAUCGAGCGAUGGCUAUAAUCAAGCCCCUGGCCAACUUCACAGGAGAGUACGCCUGUAUGGUGCAGACAUUUGCGUCGAUAGACCGAAAAUCGGCCAAGCUGAAAAUCAUCGUUCAAGAGUCAAAGUUUGAUCUCAACUACUACCUGAACGGGGACGGUUACAUCACGGUUGAUUGCCACGCACGGGACAUUUCACCGGAGCCAGAACUGCAGAUCCGAAUCAACGAUAAAACAUUCGAAACGCCAAAGCCGAGGUCCGUGCUGGGUGAGAAUAAUUUGUACAACGUGUCCAUCAGCGGUAGCAUACCGAAGGAGGAGCUCGAAAGCCCCACCACGAUCGAGUGCUACCUCACGGUGCCGGAGACCAACUACACCAAGAAGCGGUCGACGAUUUAUUACGAAUCGCAUCUGAGAUCAACCACCAGUACAGUAGCGACCACAACGAUCGUUGGCAUGCUACAAGCAGCUCCGGAAAACCUACUGAAAAAGGAGCUGAAUGCCACCGACGGUAGCAGUGCUACCGCCCUGCCGGACCAGCUGCGAACCACUUCAGGCCUAAUAGCGACCCUGGUGACAAUUUUACUCAUCUUCACGUCGACGCUUUUGUAGACGAACUUCAAGCAGUACACCGAGGUAGAGAUUCGUGAUCGAUAUUUGCAUAUACAUUUUGUCCAUAGAUAAGCAACAGGAAACACUUCGAAAGUGUAAAGGAAGUACUAUGCAGUAGACUGCAUUGUGCCAGGGCGCUAGGAAUCUGAACUUUUGCGAUGUGAUUGAAAUGUGAGUGUCUGCAGGAAUUAUAGUAAGGCGAAUCGCAGAGCGGAAUAAAACGAUUGAUAAAUAAUGGUGUGUAGAUAUUGUAGAGGAUUCGCGUCGUGUUAUGUUGCACAAAAAAGAAAGGAAAAGGAAAUAUGUACGUUAAACGGACAUAUUAUGCUUCGUUUAAAAGGAUAGUCUCAUUGGUUGGAAUACGACUUACAUUUCGAAUGUCUUUUGUUGAAUCAAAAUUAUAACAAAACUUAUUGUUUCCAUUGUGUCAAACUGUUUGCAACAUAAUACUGCCGAUAAUUGCAAGUCAGCUUCAAUUAAUGAUUAAAAAUGUGCUGGACUUGCUGUUAGCGGCAGCAUAACAAUGACAAGUUAUAUUAUGUCACCAAUUCUCAGUUCAAAUGUAGUUACAAUCAUUGGUUUUGCACAAUACUGUUUAAUAUCCAAAGUGAACUGUUUCGGUUUUUUUAUCUCGUCGUUUUCAUAUUCAUUAAUGUAUAAUCGAUAUAAAAAAUACGAGAAUGGCAAAUACAAAGACUUGAAAUGCAGCCAAUUGCUUCGUUAGUUACUUUUAUGAUUGUUUUUCAGCAGUAAGCUUUCUUGUUAGCAUAAAGAAUCGAUUAAAUUGAUUCUGUAUGUUUUGUUUCGAUAUACGAUAAAUAUGAAAAUGAAUGAUGGAAAACAGAGCAGUUUCGUUAAAGUCACACAGUAUUUAUACCGUAUCAUUACACUAUUCCGUUUAAUGCUGCCUAAAUACGUUAAUUGGGAACCAAAUAAUUUGCUAAUACCUAAUAUGAAUUAUAAUUAAAGCUUUGUGUGUAACUAGUCGAAACUGCCGUCGCAAGCAUAACUAUUUAUGUGAUUAUAAAUUCUGCUUGCAGCGAUAGUAAACUUGUUUUACUUAUUCCAUUCAAAUUGUGACACUUCAUAGUGUAUAAUAAUGAUUUUAAAAAUGCUUCAUGCUUAAUGGCAUCCAGCAAUAGUUUUCACUCUAUUGCUUACGCAAGGAAAGGCAUAAGAUGCAACAUAUGUAACAUCUGUAUAAACAUAACUGUCGCAUAUUUGCGUCAUUUCCCACCAUAUGGGAUAGUUACACUAUUUUGUGCAGUUUAGUACUAUGUAAUUUGUGCUGAACUUGUUGUUUCUCACCAGAGUUAGCCAUUUGCCAAAUUCUAUCAGUACUGAUCAGAUUUUAUUCUAAACAUAACUAAUAAUUACUGUUAAUAAAAAAUGCAAUCGUAUGGAAUUGCUUUACUAAAUUAUGUAUUGGAAACCAUCAAAUAUGAUUUAGCUAAAAAAAUAUUGAAAGCGCGUUCAUAAAACAUAAAGUGGUUCGAUAUGAGCAACAUUCGAAAACUAAGUCGUAUUCUGCUUUAAGCGAGUAGAAUCCACUCUGAACCAAAAAUUCAAACCAGAUCGUCUUGAACUGCAAACCAUACUUUGUCUCCAGUAGUUGUACAUGUAAGUGUUGAAUUGUGCUAUAUUUCUGUUUAUAUCGAUUACAAUGUAGUGUUUAAGUUUGUCGCAUUGUUCAACCAUCACAUAUAAGAUUUCACUAUCUGAUUUCAAUCCUGGAUACCAAAGCUAAACCUAAGAAGUAACUUUAUUCCCCUGAUACCAAAAAUACACUACCAAAUAAAAAAAAACACACUCAAAGGGUACGAAACGCUAAAUAGUCAUUCGAAGUAAGUAGUUGAAUGUUUUUAUAUAGAUUUUUUAUAUUUGUACAACGGAGCUCAUCUCAACAAUCUGUCUACCACCAGAAGAGGUCUGUUUUUAGGUGUUAAUAAAAAGAAAAAAACGACAACACUCAUUCUCGAAGCGCGCAUAACGAAAGCAUACAUGAUUAUGAUUACAACUGACAUAUACAGAAAAAAAAGUGGACGAAGAUGAACACAAUUAUGGAAGUAUUUUACAACACAAUGGAAGGAAAAAUAUGAUGCCUUAUGAUAAUAUAUAUUAACGACACAUUUUUCGUACCACUCGAGGAUUGCGAGCCGGGAUAAAAAUGUAUGACCGAUAUUACCAAAAAUUAUUACUAUUUAGGUAAGGCCGAUGAUUUUCAGAAAGUUGUCGCGCUCAGUGUUCUAAAUGGAAGCAGAAGAAAGGGUUGCGACGAUGCAACGGAAGGAAACUACUAACUUGAUGAACAAAAACAUAUGCAACUAUAUAUAGCCAUAAAUUUAUAUAUUUAAAACUCUAGAUUAGGCCACAAGUCGAAAUGAGAAUCACAAUUAGCGAAUCGCCUGUUCAAUCGAAAGAAAAAAAAAUGCAGCCAGUUCUAGAUAUGUAACGAAAAAUGAAAAAAAAUCCUCUUAUUUUUUCGGUUUUUGUACAGAGACAGCAGAGGAACAUACAUUGUCGGAAAUAAACACAAAAAUGCGAUACUCGA